AUGGAGGAAUUAUUUGCUCUUUAAUAAUAAUUAGCAGAAAUAUAGGAAACAUCAACAAAGUAUAGAUUAUCUGAUAGAAUCAUAAUUGAUUUGAUUGAAAAACUAGUUAAAGAAUAUGAUUUAAAGGUUUAUCAUUCAACAGAUGGUCAAAGUUUGGUGACACCAAAUCAAUUGUCAAAAGAGAUUCAUCAACUAAUUUUAUCAAAUAAGAGAGUGGCUGUGAAUCAAUUACCCGAUAUAUUGGGCAUAGGAUUUGAUAAAAUUGAAGGAUAAAUAGAAAAGGAUAGCAAUGGUUGGGUAAUUUUAAUAUUAAAUAUCGAUAACAGGAUGUUGUCAGAAUGCAAGAUGAAAUGAUGUCUCAUGAUUAUAUUCUAAAUGUUUGUGAAGAGAUUAACGAAGAUCUCUAAUAAAAGUCAAUUAUUUCAUUAUAAGAAAGUAUAAAUCAUUUAAAUUUUUAUUAUAAGUAAUGUAGAAGUAUGCACUUCCUAUGUAAUUUGUAUAAAAAUAUGUACUUUAAUAAGUAGGGACAAUUAUUUAAGGAGUACUUAAUGAAGAUAAAUUGACAACUGUGACUUACCUUGAAAUAAUCACUGCAAAAUUAUGUGGUAUUUUAAGAGCAACAUUGAGUCCUGUUUCUUUCAUAAAAUUAAAUAAGGAUUUAGAAAUUCAAAAUUCUUAAAAAAUUUGUGAAUAAUUAUUAAUUACCAAAUAACUUGAUGGUAAGAUUAUUUCAGGUUAAUAUGUGAGUUCUAGAUUUAUUCAAAGUCAAGAGGCUUAAGUAAAAUCAUUUUUUUAAUAAAAUUCUUAUGUUGAAUAUGAUAAACUUUAUUAAUAGUUUUUCAUUCAAAAACCAAAAGAAUAUUUAAAGUAAAUGUUCAAAGAUAAUGUUAUCUUUUUGGAUACUUGUGGUUUUAGUAGAGAUGCUUUAAUAUCAAAACAAGAUUAAAUAUAAGAAUUACUCAUAAAUGAAGGUCAUACAAAUCUUUAGGAAAUUUUACCUGUUAUUUUAAGUGAUUAAGAUAUUGAGACAUUGUUUUCAUUGAUGUAAUUAAAUAAUUGUGAAUAUGCCAAUUUUAUGAUAUAUAAUAAAACAUUCCUAGAUAAAUUGGCUUUGGCAUUUAAAGAUAAAAUUAUUGAAUCAAUUUAUCAAAAUCCAUAAAAAUUGAUUGAAUAAUAACAAAACCAAGAUGAUACUGUUUAGGAUAUAUAAGCUUCUGCAGGAGGAUUUGCAAACAAGAAAAACAAAAAGUAAUAAUAACCACAAAAAAAGAAAUAAUAAAAUAAAUAAGAAUUAUUUACAAACAAAGAAAUCACUGAUUUACUUACAUAAAAGAAAUUAGUUGAAUAUAAUGAUUGUGUAGAUGAAUUAUUUCAGUUUUUAUAGCCAAGAUUAUCUACUUUAUAUGAAUAAAUUAAGAUUGAAUUAUUUGAAAGUAAGAAAUCAGCAUCAAGUUAAGUAAUUUAAGAGAUUCAAAAAAAAAUUGAAGAUAUGGCUCUUGGUCUUAUGAUAACAUAGAGAUCAUUAUAAAAAAUAUAAUAAGAUUGUCAUGAAGUAAAUACAAAAGUUUUAGUUGAUAAUUGUUUAUUUGGUUAUAGAUUACUUGUUGAAAACUUAGUUGUAAUAACUUGUAAAAAAUAUAAUAUUUAACUACCAUAAAAUUUAUUUGCUGAUCCUAAUCAUCCAAGUGUUGUAAAUGGUUAAAUUAAUUUUGGAUUAUAAAAGUCUGGAAGAGUAUUUUUAAAUAAAGUAGCUUUAGGAGAAGCAAUUCUAUUUUUACCUAAAGAGUAAUAGAAAGCUUUAAAAGACACUAUGGAAUUAUAUACAAAAAAAUCUUUAGAUAUAUUAUCAUAACAUACAUUUUUUGAUGUUUUCAAUCUAAAAGUUUAAUUAGAUAAAAAGAAUGAUAGAAAUCUACUUUUAUUUAUUAAGCAUCAUUGUAAAGAGUAUAUCAAAUAAAGAUAAAAUGAGAUUUUUGAUGAAAAUGUAUUCAAUUAAAUAAUUUUGGCAAUGUCAACAGAUUUAGGAUUAUAUUUUGUUGGAAAUUAUGAUCAACAAUUUUAUUCUGCUCUAAAACAAAUUGUUUAUGAAUUAUAAAGUGACAAAUAGAUUAAAACCAUAUUAAAUAAUAUUAUACGUAUAUAUAUGAUUAACAUUAUUUAGAUUCAAUAAAUUAAUAAUUAGAAAUUACAGCAGAAGCCAAGGAAUUAUUAGAACUACUUAAGCUCUUAUGA